GCCCGACUCGACUCGACUCGACUCCGCCGCUCCAACGCCUGCGCGGCGCCGGACCCUAAACCCUAGACCUCCGCGGCGGCGGCGCCGGGCGGGGGUUCGCCAUGUCGCACUUCGGGAGGUCGGGGCCGCCGGACAUCCGCGACACCUUCUCGCUCCUCGUCCUCAACAUCAGCUUCCGUACCACGGCGGACGACCUCUUCCCGCUCUUCGACCGCUACGGCAAGGUCGUCGACGUCUUCAUCCCGAGGGAUCGGAGGACUGGGGACUCGAGGGGAUUCGCGUUCGUGCGGUACAAGUACGCUGAUGAGGCGCAGAAGGCUAUAGACCGGCUUGAUGGGCGUAAUGUGGAUGGGAGGAACAUCAUGGUGCAGUUUGCCAAGUAUGGGCCCAAUGCGGAGCCAAUACGAAAAGGAAGGAUCAUUGAAGAGGUUGAGAAAUCACAGGAUAGGUCAAGAAGCCGUAGCCCAAGGCGAAGACACAGAGAUGACCACAGAGAUAGAGAACGCAGGGGACGAAGUCGCAGCAGAAGCCGAGAAAGGCAUGGCCGUGACAGGGAUAGGGACUAUCGUCGUCAUAGCAGAAGCAGAAGCAGAAGCCAAAGCCAAAGCUUAAGCCCGGUUGACAAGAGUCGUCGUAGAGGAAGGGAUGAUGAUAAGCACAGGAGCAAGAGCAGGAGUAGGAGCAUGAGUAAGAGCAGGAGCAGGAGUAGGAGCAGAAGCAAAAGCAGGAGCAGGAGUAAGAGCAGGAGCAAAAGCAGGAGCAGAAGCAGAAGCAGGAGUCAGAGCCGCUCACAUCAUAGUGCAUCGCCUACUCGGCACAGUGCUAGCCCUCCUCGAAAGAGAUCGCCACCACUCAGGAGCCCUGUUGACAAUGGAAGCCCUGAAAAACAGACAAAUGGAAAAGGUUCACCUCCUUCACGCAGUGUCUCACCAUCACCUCAGCGCGCUGGAUCCCGUAGCCCUGGUAGUGAUGACAAGGACUAAGGCUUGUUGAUCCAGUGACGCUUAAGAAGAGUUUUCAUAAGUUUGGUGGAGCAUGACUGAAGCACUAUCCAAGGGUGCUAGUUCUUCACGGUUUCUAGAUUAUGUUUCCUGGUAUUGUCAGAACUAUGUCGUUGGUUUGUAUUUCACCUCUAUUGUACCUUAUCUUGAUACUGUCGUAUUAACUUGUUAAAACAUUUGUCAUUUUCUAGUUAUCUGUUCGUGAGACGGGUUGCUGUUUACUAGUAGAAUGAUAUUGCACGGGAUCGCCAA